AUGUCGCCGCGUCGCAGUCGCGAUGGCGGCAUCUUGAGCACUCUGCUGCUGGUGGCAGCCAAUCUUCUGGUUCCAAUCGCCAUAUUCGUCUUUGGCAAGGGGUUUUUUCCCUACAAGCCACUUCUCCCUGGCCUUGCGACGUAUGGCGAGAGCUCCGUUUAUGGCGAGCCACCAAAGGCGCAGUUUGACAAGCUGGUGUUUAUGGUUGUUGAUGCGUUGCGGAGUGAUUUUGUCUACACAGCAACCAGCGGCUUCAAAUUUACCCAAUCACUGAUUCGCGAUGGGGGUGCUCUACCGUUCACGGCACAUGCCACUUCGCCGACUGUUACGAUGCCACGGCUCAAGGCGAUAACCACGGGGUCUAUUCCUUCGUUCCUGGAUGUGGUGCUUAAUCUGGAUGAGGGGGAUGAGAGCUCAAGCUUGGCGUCGCAGGAUACGUGGUUGGCGCAGAUGAAGAGGAAGAAGAAGGGAAAGCUGGUCAUGUACGGAGAUGAUACAUGGUUGAAGCUGUUUCCGGGCAUGUUUGACCGCUUUGAGGGGACGACUAGCUUUUUUGUUUCGGACUUUACCGAGGUCGACAAUAACGUCACGAGACAUGUUCCGGAGGAACUGGAGAGGAAGGAUUGGAAUACUCUGGUUUUGCAUUAUCUUGGGUUGGAUCAUAUUGGGCACAAGGGCGGGCCGAGGAGCCCCCAUAUGCUCAACAAGCAGCACGAGAUGGACGGCAUCGUCAAGCAAAUCUACCAGGCCAUCGAGUCCAAAGACCACCUCAAGUCAACCCUCUUUGUCAUCUGCGGAGACCACGGCAUGAACGACGCUGGGAACCACGGCGCCUCCUCCGCUGGAGAGACAUCCCCAGCCUUGUUGUUCCUCUCCCCCAAACUCAAGAAGCUCAACAAGAGACAUCGAGCACCGCUGCCAGAGAACCCCGACUUCCAGUACUACGACACCGUCGAGCAGUCCGAUCUGGCGCCCACUCUUGCCGCCUUGAUGGGCGUUCCAAUCUCCAAGAACAACCUCGGCGCGACCAUCCCUGACUUUUUGCCGUUUUGGUCUAGCAGUGAAGUCAAGGCCGAGAUUCUCAUGCGCAACGCGGAUCAAAUCAUGCAGGUGGCCCACGCGGCUUUUGGCCAAAAGAUGUAUGAGUGGUCCUUUAAGGAAGACGGCAAGCCCGAGACAGACGAUGAGAAGCUAGCUGCCGGUUACAUGGAAUUUGAGCAGUUGUAUCAACAAGUCUACCGAGGAGCCAGUCCUGACCUUUACCAGGAAAUGAUCCCCAAAGCAGGAAACUGGCUCCACGAAGCCCAAUCUUUCCUCUCCGGCAUGGCGAGCAACUAUGACACUCCACAAAUGCUCCUCGGUUUUGGAAUCGCCCUUUCGGCCCUCGUCCUCGCUCUCAUCUCCUCCCCCACCCUCCCAUCCAUCCCCUUCUCCCUCGUCACUCUCGUCUACGGCGCAAUGAUGUUCGCCAGCAGCUACGUCGAAGAGGAGCAGCACUUCUGGUACUGGGGCACAACCGCCUGGUUCGGCUACCUCCUCGUCCGGGGCCUCAACCGCAAGACAGCCCACCCAAUCGCCCAUGCUGUCUCCUUUGGUGUGAUCCUCCUCGCAGCUCGCAUCAUCAAAUCCUGGAACCAAACCGGCCAGAAAUUCGCUGGAGAGCCUGACAUUGUCACGCUCUACCUCCAGACGUCCCCAGUCCUGUUAUGGUGUCUAGUCGGGGCAACAUACUUUUGGAUCCAGCAACAUCUCACCUUUGGCCUCUCCAGCCUGCCAAUCUGGCUUUCUUUUGCGACGUCGAUUGGACUUGUGCUCGCGGCAUUCACCUUCAAGGUUGCCUUUGUGGUGGAGGAUGCGCCAGAAUUGUUGACAGAGUUUGUGAAGAAACUGCUGGAGAUUAAUUUCAGUGGUGGGGGGAGGGAGCUGGUGGAGAGAGCGCGGGCGGUGUUCAUCGGGUUGGGGAUCCUGAUGGCUGCUAGUCUGGGAUUCAUGGGAGCGAAGAAGCAGAUUAGCCAGGGGCAGCCGGGGGUUUUCACUGCUUUGACGGUGCUGACGCUUUUUUUGGUGACGCAGAGCAGGGUUACUGAUAUCCCGCUUUUUUUGCUUUAUAAUCUUCAGUUUAGGCUACUACUCUCCUAUGUACCGGAGUUGGAGCUGGGGGAGAUUACGCUGUCGAGUCUACUGCUGCAGUACGCCUCGUUCUUCGCACAAGGCGGCUCCAACGCCAUCAGCUCGAUCGAUUUAUCGUCGGCGUAUAAUGGGAUCGCGACGUACAACGCGACGUUUGUGGGGAUAUUGACGUUCUUGUCGAACUGGGCUGGGCCGGUGUAUUGGGCGGUGGCGACGGUGAUUUUGCUGCUGAGCAAACGACAACAUCUGCUGAGCCGCCGCCGGGGAGGGGAAGAGGGAAAUGUGUACAAGUUGCACGUCUCCCUCAUGACGGUGUUUAUCGCCGCGGCGACGGCUGCGGUCAUGGGGGCUUGUGGGGUGUUGAGGGAUCAUUUGUUUAUUUGGACGGUUUUCAGCCCAAAGUAUCUUUAUGUUGUUGCCUGGGCUGGGGGGGUGCAUUUGGGGGUGAAUGUCGGGAUGGGGGGUUUGUUUUAUUGGCUUGGGGUCAGGGAGGGGAGUGGGAGGGAGAAGGCGUGA